AUGAUUGGACGCGUUUUUGGCUUUUCCAACUUACACCGACAGCCGUACAUGCUGCUUCGGCGGCAAUUCUCGGUCAAGGCGAUAUACGCCUCGUUUCCUGCCACGUUGCACUACUAUUGUCCGCGCCGCACCUCUGGCUUGUUUGACCACCGAGAGAACGAGAGCCGGCCCGAUGACAUAUAUGACGAGGGAGUAACCAUACACAAGAACGGUCUUGUAUAUCCGGCCGUCAACGUGAGCUCGGUGUCAAAUGGCGCAGUCAUGUUUCCAAAUACCUUCUUGAUGCAGGAACUCGUGCGCCGAUAUUUUGAUGAAGCUCUCGACCGUGAAGACGAAGGCAAACAGGCUGAGACUCCAUUUAUCUACACUCUUCCCAAAGAUUUAAACCGAUCAUUAGACGAGUUCUACAAUAAGCACGCCCGGAAGGAGACGGCGGAGGAAUGGCUGGAUGCACAUCCCUUUCAACAGGCGAUAGCAGAUGAUGCCGAUGCUGUCUGGAUGGCCAAAUGA